UCGCGUCCCCGUUACCAGCGACACGGCGGAGGAGGCUCCGGAAGACGACGAGGAGGAAGAGGACCAGGCACCCCGCAAGGCGGCUCCUCGACCUACAAAGCGUCCCCGCGCCAAGGCUCCCGGCUCUGAAGCCGGAGCUAGCGGCGAGGCCUCCGCCAAGAAGCCAAAGACGACGAAACCACCUCCGCUUGACUCAAGGAAGGCGGAGCGUGCGCGUCUACGGAUGCUCUCGACGGCUGGCCAGGGCACACGCCCCAUCAUUCCCGGUGCCCCGAAUCCGAAAACCGCUGCCACGCGGACCACCAGCCAGGAGCCCAUCACGAAGUACAUGAAGAAAUCUCCGGCUGUUGGUCCCUCUACUCCAGUUCCACCCAGCGCUUCCCACCCAACUCCUCAACCGUCGCCUCCUCAGGCUGACCCAUCUCCCCCGCCUGCCGCAAACACUCCACCGGAGAUAAUUCCGGUUAGCAGCGGGCACCUGGAGGAAGAAGAUCCCAAGGCCAAAAGCCCUGCCCAAGAAGAGGCGGAAACACAAGGCCAAGGAGAUGCGGAAGUCACUUCCGAGAAGGCUGGAGAGGGCGCUGGCGACAUAGUCGUUUUUCCGAAGAACUUCGGAGAUCCGGCGGACACCACUUCCACCCCCAAGGCGUAUGCCACCAAGUUUUUUAACAAGCUGACUGAGGCGGAGAAGUGGGAACUUGAACAAGACCUGCUCAACGCCAUGCUGAACAACGCCUGGGGGAAGCCGGAUUCCAGGACAUCGGAGAUCCAGGACUUCAAGAAAAACAUUGGCCAGUUCUGCGAUCAACUUAUCUGCAAGCAAAAGGUACUCCCCAGUAGCCCCCAAGCAUGUAGGCGGAAACUCAAAAAGUAGUUAGCGCUUAAAUGCUUAGAGAAAAAUUACUUCCGGGAAAGUUUUUUAGAAUGGACCAGUAGCCCCCAAGCAUUAUGGCGGAAAAGUUCCGGCAAUGAUGCUUUAAAAGAAACCACUGCU